CGUGUCACUUUCACUUGGUCUGGUCUGGAUUCAGGCAGGUGAAGCGAUAACGGAGAACAUCGAGUGGGAAUCAGUUUUAUGGUACUGACUGGGCACCGGACUGGGAGAGAGAGAAGCAACACCGGAGCCGGGGGACCCAGGAGGAGGAGGAGAUGGGUGACAGUGUGUGAGCGGGGGACAGAGCCAGAGAUUGUAGAAUGUUGCCUUCGGUGAUCCUGGACUUCCCCACCUGACCGUUCCUGGAAGGCACACCAGAGGCGCCUGGGACCGAAUCAUGCUGUGCCCGUGCCGUAACAAGUCCCGCCUCUUGAUUGUCACCAUUUUGCUGCUGUCCAUCGUGACCUGGCUUUACCUGUCGGUCAGUGACACGGAAUAUGGUCCGUCCCCAGGGGUUGCCGCACCACAUCUUCCCCCCAGAGCCGCCUCCCAUCAGGAUUUGGAAGCCCGCCUUCAGGAGGCCGAGGAGGAGAACCGAAGGCUGCGCCUGCAGUUGGUGGAGCUGAGAGGUGAAGAUCAGGGAACAGACGGAGACAACAGCAGUCAGUGUUCUCAGAGGAGUCUGACGGAGAAAUGCGAGCUUAUUCACGUCGCUAUUGUUUGUGCCGGCCACAACAGUAGUAGGGAUGUGGUGACUUUGGUGAAGUCCAUAUUGUUCCACAGGAGGAACCCGCUUCACUUCCACCUGAUCACAGACUCCGUGGCUCUGCGCAUUUUGGGGAAUCUGUUCCAGACCUGGAUGGUUCCGUCCCUUUAUAUCAGCUUCUAUAAUGCCAGCGACCUCAAGCCGGAGGUCUCCUGGAUCCCCAAUAAACAUUACUCUGGAAUAUACGGCUUAAUGAAACUAACCUUGACCAAAGCACUGCCGUCCGACCUGUCGAAGGUCAUUGUCCUGGACACGGACAUCACGUUUGCCACGGACAUCGCUGAGCUGUGGGCCAUCUUUAGAAGGUUCACAGGGGACCAGGUUCUGGGUUUAGUGGAGAAUCAGAGUGACUGGUAUCUGGGAAAUCUCUGGAAGAACCACAAACCUUGGCCAGCGCUGGGCCGCGGCUUCAAUACAGGGGUCAUCCUGUUGCUCCUGGACAAGUUGCGUCUGAUUGGCUGGGAGGAGACGUGGCGUGUGACGGCAGAGAGGGAGUUGAUGAAUAUGCUGAGCACCUCCCUCGCUGACCAGGAUAUAUUCAACGCAGUUAUAAAGAGCUCCCCCAGCCUGGUCUAUCAACUUCCCUGCUACUGGAAUGUGCAGCUGUCUGACCACACGCGCUCUGAGCAGUGUUACAGUGAGCUGGCCGACCUCAAGGUGAUUCACUGGAAUUCCCCCCACAAGCUCCGUGUCAAGAACAAACACGUUGAGCUGUUUCGCACUCUCUAUCUCACCUUCUUGGAAUAUGAUGGGAGCCUUCUGCGGCGGGAGCUGAUUGGCUGCCCCGUGGACAAGGAGCAGAGCAAUGAGGCUGCUCUGGAACAGCUGGACGAGGAGGACGUCUGUUAUGACUUCCGCAGAGAACGUUUGGCAUCCCACCGUGUCCACCUCUCCUUCCUCCCUCAUCAGACUCCCCCAGAGGAUCCUAACGAUGUCACCCUGGUGGCUCAGCUCUCCAUGGAUAGGCUUCAGAUGCUGGAACUGAUCUGCCGCCACUGGGAGGGCCCCAUGAGCCUGGCCUUGUACCUAUCUGACGCAGAGGCUCAACAGUUUCUGCGCUACGCACAAGCUUCUGAGGUGCUGCAGUCUCGGACCAACAUUGGCUACCACGUGGUGUACAAGGAGGGCCAGCUGUAUCCGGUGAACCUCCUGAGAAACGUGGCGCUGAAGAACGCACAGACCCCCUACGUCUUCCUGUCUGACAUAGACUUUCUGCCCAUGUAUGGACUGUAUGACAGCCUGAGGAAGUCCAUAGUACAGGAGGACAUGGCUAACACCCAGAAGGCCCUCAUUGUCCCAGCCUUCGAAACGCUGCAUUACCGUCUGUCCUUUCCCAAAUCCAAAGCAGAUCUUCUCUCCUUGCUGGAUAUGGGAAUGCUCUACACCUUCCGAUACCAUGUGUGGAAAAAAGGACACGCUCCAACCAACUAUGCCAAUUGGAGAACAGCGACUACGUCAUACCGGGUUGACUGGGCCCCGGACUUUGAACCAUACGUGGUUGUCCGCCGAGACUGUCCGGAAUAUGACCAGCGCUUCCUGGGCUUUGGCUGGAACAAAGUGUCCCACAUCAUGGAGCUGGAUGCUAAGGGGUAUGAAUUGGUGGUGCUGCCCAACGCUUUCAUCAUCCACAUGCCUCACGCUCCCAGCUUCGAUAUCUCCAAAUUUCGCUCCAGCGAGAACUAUCGCGAGUGCGUCAAAACACUAAAGGAAGAAUUCCACCAGGACUUGUCCAGGAGAUACGGAUCAGCAGCUCUGAAAUACAUUGCAGCUGAAAGGAAUCGGUGAUGGGAGCAAAACAGAUUUGUUCUGGCUAACUGCAAUAGAGAGGUAGGACUCUUGAGAGACGGACCUCGCCACGCUCACACUGAAUGCUGUAGCUGAGAGGAUCGAGCCGCACCGUGCCUGUUGGCUCCACUGCCUUAUCCGGAGAGGGAAACCUGCAUUGUUCUUAUGGAUCCGCGUGCCUCAGUCAAGAACGGCUGCAACGGUUGAGCGCUUCAACACUACAUAGUUUUCUCUUCUUGCCUUCGGAGGCAUCUGCAGACAAUCAGCCGAAUCCCACCAUCUCAGGCCUGAUGCCAAUAUGUAGUCACAGACACUGAAGUCUUCGGAAAGACCACUUAUCCUGAUUUGAUGUAAGAAUGUUAUAUAUUUUAUUUAUUUAUGAUUCAUAUCAAGUCGGACAUUGUGCUGAGGACAGGACGGGAUUCCUGCUUGAUACUUGAUUACAUUUUUUUAAGAAAUUGAUUAAAAAUAUGUACCGUUUCUUA